AUGGGUUCUUUGAGAAAUGAUGAAACAGAGAUAAGAUUGCCUGAACAAAAGGGAAUUGCAGAGGAAGGGGAAGAACCCAUUUUAAUGGAGCAACCGCAGAAGUUUUGUAUGUUCCCAAUUAAGUACCCACAGCUUUGGGAGAUGUACAAGAAAGAAGAGGCCAGUUUUUGGACCGCCGAGGAGGUUGACCUCUCACAGGACGUGCAGCAGUGGGAAAAUUUGACCCCAUCUGAAAAGCACUUCAUAAGCCACGUGCUUGCAUUCUUUGCUGCCUCAGAUGGGAUUGUUCUGGAAAAUCUCGCCGCAAGAUUUUUGAACGACAUUCAGAUUCCUGAGGCUCGGGCAUUUUAUGGAUUUCAAAUUGCAAUGGAAAAUAUACAUUCUGAGAUGUAUAGCUUGCUUUUGGAAACAUAUAUCAAGGACUCAAACGAGAAGAACAGAUUGUUUAAUGCAAUUGAAAACAUUCCAUGUGUUGAAAGAAAAGCCAAGUGGGCAUUGAACUGGAUUAAGAGUGCAAGCUCAUUUGCAGAGAGGCUAGUCGCUUUUGCUUGUGUAGAAGGCAUUUUCUUCUCUGGGAGCUUCUGUGCGAUUUUUUGGCUUAAGAAGAGGGGAAUGAUGCCGGGCUUAACGUUCUCUAACGAGCUUAUUUCUAGAGACGAGGGUCUUCACUGUGAUUUUGCUUGCCUCCUAUAUAGUUUACUUCGGAAGCAGCUACAUUGGCAGAGAGUUCAGCUUAUUGUGCAAGAAGCUGUUGAAAUCGAGACCGAAUUUGUUUGUGAUGCUCUUCCGUGUGCACUAAUUGGCAUGAAUUCAGAUUUAAUGAGCCAAUAUAUAAAGUUUGUUGCCGAUCGACUGCUGGUUGCAUUAGGGUACCAGAGGAUGUAUAACGUGAAAAACCCUUUCGACUGGAUGGAAUUCAUAUCUCUACAAGGAAAAACUAACUUCUUCGAGAGACGGGUGGGCGAUUAUCAGAAGGCCUCGGUCAUGUCGAAUUUGCAAGACAGUUGCGAAAACUACACGUUCAAAAUGGACGAGGACUUCUAG